AUGGCUGCAAUGGAUGCUGCAAAGCGAGUAACUACCCGGCUGCCUCCAGAAGACAAGCUUCACCGCAACUUCUUGCAAGCAAGCUUUGCUUCUCUGCUGCCACCUUUCAUCCCUGCAGACGCGCUGCGAUGGAUUUUCCUGUCUAGGGCAGGAAAGCGGAUCCUGGAGGAAGCUGAUGUUUGGAGACAGAUCUUUCGGACAGGCCUGGACUUCACAGGUGCUUGCAUUGGGCCGGAGGGAGCGGCAGCAUUGGCUCACCGGAUGCCGGAGAAUCUGCAGACGUUGAGCCUUGAUGUCAGCGAAUGCUUCUUGGGCCCAGCUGGACUUGCACAUUUGGGGGCAGCCUUGCAAAAGGCAAAGUUAGCAAAGCCGGUUUCGCUUCACCUGGAUGUGAGCUUCAACGGACUUGACGAUGAAGCAGUGUGCCAGCAUGUGCACAUUCCGAAGCAGGUGCGCAAGCUCGAGUUGGGCCUUGGUGGGUGCGGUUUGUCUCCGGGUGGCGCUGAGCGGAUGGCAAGCAAACUACCGGAGACGCUGAAGGAGCUAUUUCUGGAUCUGAGCUUUUGCCACUGCUGUGACAAGGGGCUACAAGCCAUAGCCUCCAGAAUUCCAGAAGGGCUCACGCAUCUGGACUUGAAUUUGCACGCGACUGGCACGUCCGUCAUGGGGCUCAGGAGCUUGGUUAGCCGGCUUCAACAGCCGCUUUGCAGCUUGCGCCUUGAGCUCUCCUGCUCAGCGGCAGGCGCCGAGUGUUUGGCACAAAACCUCCCGGCCACUGUGCAGGCCUUCGAGAUCACGUGGAGUGGAGUUGACCUGGCAACUUUCCUCCCUGCCCUCGCAGCGAAGAUGCCACCGAACAUGGAGGACUUGCGCCUUGCCUUGCCGGGACAUGCCUGCGUGGAAGCUGGUGCCUUCUACUGGUUGGGCCAGUCGUUGCCUGCCUCUCUGCGGCGACUGGAGCUGGACUUCCGGGGACGGCCGCUGUCUGGUGCCGGUCUGCGUCUCCUCCUUCAACGGCUUCCACCGGGUUUGGCUCAGUUUCAGUUGGAGCUGUUCGAGUGUGCUGGCGCAGAGGACUUGCUCCAAGAUUGGGGUCGGGGUUGGCAACUACCAGGCAGCUUACUCCACUUCGAGUUGGGACUGGGCGGGAGUCACGUGACUUCCUCAGGCUUGGAGGCGAUCCUCUUGUCUUUGCCUGCAGCAGUUGAAGUCUUGCGACUCGACUGUUGGCGCAGUGGCCUCUCUGCCCUGACACCCGCGACGGCCUCCGCGCUCUGCCAGCUCACAUGUGUGUUGCAGCUGGAGCUGUGUUUCGGAAUGUGCCGCAGGCUGUCUGAUGACCUCGUGGCCUUGUUCGAGAACCUCCCGCUGGGGCUGCGAAGGCUUGUCCUGGAUCUCGGCUCGACUGAUGUGGUUGCGGCAUUGCCUGCAUUAUCGGAGAGAUUGUGCCGGAUGCGCGGCUUGCGGGAGCUGGAGCUGCACCUGGAUCACACGGAUAUGGGCACUCCAGAGCUGAAGCUGCUUGGGAAGAGCUUCUCUUUGAGCACGCUGAAGAGACUCUGCCUCGACCUGCGCAGCUGUUACAACCUGAAGCAGGCUGUCGGAUCCGCGACUGAAGGUUGGAGCGACGAGGUCUGGGCUGUGCAGAUGCCGCAUACCCAUGCGGCUAAUGCACGGCCACGAGGAGCUUUCCAUCCAGGCCUGCACCGGACGCCUGGCAUAUCUUGGUCCUAUCCCAGUCCCGGCACUCAUCAGCACUCCAGCGGUCUGUGUCACUUCCAGGAGGGCAUUGAAGCUCUUGUGUUGGGCGCUGGGCAGCUGCAAUGUCUUCGCCUAGAGCUUCGCAGCUGCCAGCUAGGCAGCCAUGCGAUCCAGCUAGCACAGCACCUCCCGCAACGGCUGACAGUGUUGGAGCUCAGCUUCUGUCUCUGUGGAAUCACUGCAGACGGUGUGGCCGCCUUGGCAGCUCACCUACCGCAGCGUCUUUCACGGCUGAAGCUGGACCUGGGAAGCUGCGGCAUAGGAGACCGUGGCGCAGAGAUCUUGGCCCACCGGAUGCCAUCCCGGCUUUCGCGCUUGAGCCUGCAACUGGGGGCGACCGACAUUGCGGAUCGUGGUGUGCUGGCGAUUGCACAUUCCUUACCAGUUGGACUCAGCCACCUGGAGUUGGGCUUGGCGUACGUGACUACCAGGAGUGACUGUCUUGUGUGCCUGGCUGCUACGCUGCCAAAGUACCUUGCCAAGCUGACCUUGGACCUGCGAAGUUGCCUGGUAGGGUCCGAGGGCCUGACUGCCCUUACAGCGGCCUUCGGCCCAAACUUGGCCGAAGUUGUGUUGGACUUCAGGGAGUGCGAACUGCCGACUGCAGUGCGACAGGACUUCCUUGCAACUUCGGGCGGAGUGCAUUACUCUCGCACGAUUGGCUGCAAGUGGAAGAUGUUGUCACAAUACUCAUACUUCCAGACCGGCGAGAUGAAGGCUACGGCUUUGUGGACUUACAAGGAGCGUGCGGACGAUGAGAUUGGCUUCUGGAAAGGUGACAAGAUCAACGUAGAUCGCAUUGCCCCCGGAUGGUGGACUGGGUCUACGGAAGGGACCUCGAAGUCAGGCUUUUUCCCCGGUAACUACGUCAAGCUGGAUGAUCGUCUAGUUUCCCGCUUUGACCUCGACGGUGCGGAGAAAUCAGAUGCCAAGGAUACCAUGACAGCUGUGGUGAUGCUGAUUCAGCCGCUGGCGCACCGUCAGCGUCGCUUUUACAAGCGAAAGCAGGAUGGCUUAAACUACAAGGACACGAGCUAUCCCCGUGUGAUGCUCCUCGUUGUAGGUCCCGAUGGCAGAGCUGAGCUUAAGAAGGAGGGAAAACUUCGCGAGCUCAGCGGGGAGAUCGAACUUCGUGGAGGACACGGUGUCUGGAAGGCCUGUGCACAGGGGUGA